CUGGGAUACAUGUGGAGUAAAACUUCUUUGCAAGCUUAUCAAAUUUAAAGUAUCAUUCAGGCUGAUGUUCACAAAACAUCUGAAAUUAGUUUCUUAUAAUUUAUGUAGGCGAAAAAUGGCAACAACACCUCGUGCUACUCAACACAGAAUCAUAUGGAUGGAUCUAGAGAUGACUGGAUUGGAUGACACCAAAGACCAUAUUCUGGAAGCUGCUUGUCUUGUUACUGAUGGAGAUCUGAAUCUGGUUGCUGAAGGCCCAAAUCUUAUAAUACAUCAACCUGACACAGUGUUAGAUGCAAUGGGAGAAUGGUGCAAGAAAACACAUGGAGAGUCUGGUCUUACAGAAGCAUGUAGGAACAGCAAGAUAAGCAUUGAAGAUGCCCAAAAACAGAUUUUAAAUUUUGUUGAGCUCCACACCAACCCAGGGGAAUGCCCAUUAGCUGGCAAUUCAAUUGGAGAAGACAAGCGCUUUCUUUACAAGUAUAUGCCCAAGCUGAUUCAUCAUUUACACUAUCGCAUUAUAGAUGUUUCUACAAUUAAGGAGUUUGGAAAGAGAUGGUAUCCAAAUGCUGUGAAUAAUUUGCCAAAAAAAUCCCUAAACCACAGGGCCAUGGAAGACAUUAAAGAAAGCCUAGCAGAACUGCGCUUUUACAAAGAAAAUCUAUUCAAAUAAAACAUCCUAUCUGUAACAGUUUACUACCUUUAUUCACACCCACCCAGAAACAAAACUGUAAAUACAAUGCACUUACUUUGCACAAA